AUGACUCAAGAUCUUGAUGACCUUGACUUGUUUCCUUAUUACAACAAUAUUGAUCAUCAAUAUGAUCAAUGGUUUAACAAUUCCGCCAUAAGCAUAGAAAUGGAGUAUAACCGUCGCAAUCGAAUUUUUAACUCUUCUGACAGUAGUAGAGCCUCUAAUGGUGGUGCCACCAAUUCCAAUAACAUAAUAAGAAAUCGUCAGCUUUUAGCAAAUAAUCUUAACUCUUCAUCAUUGGAAGUCCAAUCAUCUAAUUCUAAUUCGACAACUGGUACUUAUCCUAAUGGAACUUUAGCCAGCUCUACAUUUUCACAAGCUUCGUUGUCAGAUUUUGACGACGAUGACGACACAGCAUAUACUAGCCGCCGUCCUCUUUUGCCAUUAUCCUCUUCUUCAUCAUUACCAUCAUCUUCUUUGCUUCAACUCAUUCCUCUAUCUUUUCCAAACAACAGAUCCAGAUCCUUAGGAACUUUAAAUACAAAUAACACGGCUCAUUCAAACAUUCAACACGAUGUUGUUCAUUUGUCACAGCAGUUUUCUGACCUCAACAUUGAUUCAAUAUCUACUGAUAAUAACUUUGUAUCUUCACAUAAUCACCUAGGAAUUGACUUUUUAGCAGCAAUACCACCAAGAGAUUUGGAAACAUUUAACUAUAACAACAAUAUUAACUUUAAUAAUACGAUUGAUACAGAUAUCACUGUUGUUCUUAAUGAUACCAUUUACUCAGAAACAAACAAUAACACUGAUGACCUUACUGCUCAUACUCAUGAUAAUUCAAACCAAGUUCAUACAAAUGAAGUUAGCAGCCUUCCUUCAGAACCCUGGUUUAAUGAAGAAUCGGUAAUUUAUUCUCAUCCCGAGUUGAAUAAUACAAUAGUUGAUUUAAGUUCUGAACCUUCUAAUGAAAUAAAUCAAUCAAAUUUAGACCAAAGAUUCAACACUGGGUUUGGGAUUUUUAAUCGAUCAAGAUAUAGCUACUCUCGUGACGAUGAAUUGGAUGGUAAUAGUGAUGUCAGUGAUUGGGACAGUAUGGAUCUGGAAAACGGGAUUGGCCAUAAUCCUCACGAACUUUCUGAUGCUUCUCUGAGAAACCAGAGAGAGUUUUUACCCAAUCAAGAAGACAUACAACUUAGGACACCAAGAACUGUUGACGCUAAUCCUUUUCCUUUAGAUAAUACAAACCACUCGUUAUUUUCUGAAACCACCGCACUCUCGUCGUCACUUGAUACCACUACACCUUUCCCAUCUUCUGACACUAUUGAACCUACUUCAUCUUUUGAUACUACAGCUCCUUCUUCAUCGUCUGUAAUAAUACAUUUACCUAAUGACCAAGAGCUGUAUAGUGUCCCAGAGGUACAAGACCAUGAAAGAUUGGGGUCUAUUUCUGAUUUGGAGAUUAAUGGAGAGCAUGUUAGAAUUCUACAGGCGAGACUUUGCACAAUAUAUGACUAUAUCCCUUUAAGUUUUGCUGAUCCUGUAAAUCAAUGGCGAAUCAGAAAGAAGUAUAAUGUGAUUAGGGAACUCAUUGAAACUGAGGCGGUUUACAUUAGAGACAUGGAGGUGGUAAAAUUUAUUUAUUAUCAAAUGUGUGUCAUACACCCCUAUCGCGAGUAUUUCACUCAUAAGGAUAUCCAAGCUUUGUUUGGUAAUAUUGAUCGCAUAAUUGAUGCAUCUAAAGUUCUUAUGGGUAAGCUUAGAUGUUACGUUCCAUAUUAUAUCAGCAAUGAGGUUGAUCUCGGACUUGAUAUUGAUGAUCUUCCCAUGAUUUUGGACAUGGAUUCCAACAUUGGAAUUGUUUUUAUGGAAUAUAUACCAAUCAUGGAGACAGCAUAUAAGAUUUAUUGUGUCCAGAAUGAAUUUCAGAUGAAGACUCUUCAUCGAAUUGAAGCUCUGGCAUCUCCAACAGUUGAUGAAAUGUUUCAACAUUGCAGAGAACUUUCUAGGGAUGUUACUCAAGCUUGGGGCUUGGAUGCAUUGCUAAUCAAACCAGUCCAGCGUCUGUUAAAGUAUCCCCUGUUUUUAAGGUCAAUGAUUGAUUACACUUUAGAAAGACAUACUGACUAUGCUCCAUUAGUGCAAGCAUGUAAUGAGGUCCGAAAUUGUGCCAACAGAAUCAAUGACGACGUUGAGAGAGUUAGAACAGAUGAUGAAACUUCUCCCACUUCCCAUUCUCCACCUCCUCCCCCAUCUCCAUCAACACAUUCCACCUCAGGUUCUUCUAGUUCCAUAUCCGAUUCUCUGAGAAAUUCAAGAACUUCAGGAUCCAGUUCUUGGAUUUUUAGUAGACCACCUUCUGGGGUUUCUUCGGGACCAACAGAUUCUUCUAGCCUAGCUUCCCGUUCAGGAAACUCUCCACCUUUUUCUGAGACUUUUUUUGAAGAUAAUAUUUUAAAUUCUUCUCUUCCUUUUGAUGAAAAUAAGGCACUCAUGAAAUUGUCAAAUAACUAUGAGGCUGAUGAAGAUCUAGCUGACUUGGUUCAUCAAUUUGACCUCAAGCGGGCCCAACUAAAAGAUCUUAUUGCUUCAAUCCGUGGAAGUAUCAGUUACAUUCAGCACCAUUUUGACAAAGCGAAUUCAUUAGCAGAAUCUUUUCUAAAUUGUUUUGAAGAUCUUGAUUUUACUACUGAAGAUCUUUCUCCGCUGUCAGCUAGUAUCGAUAAAAAAUAUCGCUUAUACCAACUGUAUUGCACACCCUUCACAACUUCCUCUCAGGCACACGUUUCUUCAAAUCUUCUUAGGCUAAGAAUUGAUAAACAUGUUGUCACACCUCUUAGAAAAGUUUUGACAAUGUUCAGCAACAUCUCAGCACUUUUAAUGCAACGAGCUUCUUUACACCCAUUUUACCAAAAGUUCAUACAGCUUAAACGGCGUGAACUGAAACACAUCGAAGCUAUUGCCUACACCAAUGCGGACAUUUUUAUGCAAUUGCAAACACAACUUAAGAAUCAGCUUCCAGUGUUUUUGGAGUUGACAAAUCAAAUUAUUGAUCCUUGUCUUUUAAAUUUUCUACUCAUCCAGAAGGAGUGGUUUAUGCAGGUGCGUCUUUCCGGGUUAGAAGUACUGAGUUGUUCAGAAAAUGAUAUCAAGUUUUCUCAAGAAGCUGAUUUUAUUGUUGAUGACUUUAAAAGAGCUACCAAAGAAAACAAUAUCAAGCAAGUUCUAAAUGAGCAAUUGACUCUUUGCCCAUCAAACUCAUCAACCCCCCUUGAAAUUGAUGGAUCAAUCCCUAUUAGAGUCAAUUUGCCAAAACUGGCCUCUGAAGCAGUACGUGCUAAUCGGAGGAAUAGUACUUUGCCAUUACCUGUUGAAACUUAUGGCGAACCUUCCAAAAAGCGACAGGCUUUUCCUGGGUCUUUGGAUGUCAUACUUGCAAGCAACUCUGUGGCUUUAGUACACAGACCAAGUCAACGUAUCAGCACUUUUAAGACUUCAGAAAAGGUUGUUAUGGUUUCUUCUAAGGACUUUAAGGAAAAAGAAAAGCCCCCUAAAAGAGCUCGCAGACUAUCUCUUAGUUUUAGCUAUCCCAAAGUCGACAAAACCACCCCAACUACUAAUGCUGAGGGUAAUGGACAUCGAAAAUCUAAAUCCAAUGUUUUCGAAUCAAGUCCAACUUAUACUAGAAUUCUGAAACCAAUUUUGUCUUCUAAAAGAAAUUCUGAUUAA